ACUAAGUUCUCAAGUGCUUAUCCUAUGAUAACGUCAACUACUGACGAGAUAGCAAGAAACCUUAUACAUUUCUUUUCACUAUUCGGAUUUCCUAAAAUGAUCCUUACGGAUCAAGGUACUAGUUUUACAUCUGAAUUAUUUAAACAAUUAACUGAAAUUCUUAAAAUUAAAAAUCUUUUCUCAACUCCUUAUCAUCCCCAAACAAAUGGCGCAUUGGAGCGUAGCCACGCAACCCUUAAAGAGUAUUUAAAAUCAUUCGUAAAUGAUAAUCAAGAUGAUUGGCACUGUUAUUUAGCCACUGCAAUUCUAUCUUACAAUACGACUCCUCAUUGUACUACUAAUUACACCCCUUAUGAAUUAUUAUAUGGUCAUAAACCUAUUAUACCUAGUAGCCUAUACGGUUCUAGCAACGAUACUACUUAUCAAGAGUAUAUAAGAGCUUUGCAGUAUCGAAUGAGGUACUCCCGUGAGAGAGCCUUAGAAUAUAUAAAUAAAAGUAAAGAAUCUUCCAAACGUUAUUAUGAUGUAUCUUCUAGGUCAAAAAAUUAUAAAACUGGAGAUUUAGUAUACGUUAAGCAACAUCAUAGAUUACGUAAAGCACUUUCCCCAACAUGGAAAGGACCUUAUAAAAUAAUUAAAGUUAACGAAAAAAAUAAUGUUACUCUUUCUAUUAAUAGAAAACACGUAAAGUACCAUAUAAACGAAAUUAAACCAGCAUAAACAAAUUGUUACAGAUUAUUCAUGGGAUCCAGCCGUUCUGAAAAUAUUCAACCAAUUACUCACAGUUCAGGUCUUUAUUUUGACCCGACAUCUACGGUUUAUUUUUAUGAUGAUUUUUGGAAUGUAGUUACUCAUGUAGAAAUACUCCCGAUAGAACCUUAUCUUCUUAAAAUUAAGGAUUCAAUUACCCAUGUUUCUAACUAUUGUGAAAAAGCCCAAAAUAUUGGUCUUGAUAUAAACUGUCAGGAUGUUAUUAACCCAUUACAGAUUUUAGUUAACUCAAAUCAACUCAAAUUGGACUCUCUUUCUCAUCUAGUUUCUGAAACGGAUAGUAAAAACCGUCAUAAGCGAGCUAUUGAGUUUAUUGGAGAAAUUAUGAAAUUCUUUUUUGGAACCUUAGAUGCUGACGAUGCUAGAAAAUACGACGAAGCUAUUAACUCUUGUCAGCAGAACGAACAUGAAGUUUUCUCUUUAAUGAAAGAUAACAUUCAUGUUGUCCAAUCUACUAUUAAGAAUUUUAAUAUAUCUAUUAAGCAAUUAAAUGAUAAUGAAUUUAGAAUUAAUAAACAACUAUCUAAGUUAGAAUACAUUAUGCAGCAAAAUACUAAGUUAACUACUAAUAGUAUAAACUUGUCAAAAAUAAAUUCACUUCUCAACAUAAUAGAAGGAUCACUAAUAUCUGUCUCCGAUAUAUUAGAUACUACUCUUAAUUCAAUUUUAUUUGCUAAAGCAAACAUUUUACACCCUUACGUUUUAACCCCUACCAAUUUAUAUAAUGAACUUAAUUCUAAUAAGGUAAUUAAGAGAAACUUAGAAUUUCCUGUCUCCUUAUCUCUGGAGAAUAUACAUUAUAUUAUAGAUUUAUCUAAGUUAGCUUCUUAUUAUUACAAUAAUAAGAUAAUAUUCGUUAUUCGUAUACCUUUAAUUAAUUCAAUUAAAUUUAAUUUGUAUAAGAUAUUACCCCUUCCUACACCACGUGAUAAUUAUAAUUUUAAAACUUAUGUUCUUAUUCACCCUUCAAAGCUGUAUUUAGCAUUAACCGACGACAGAUUGAAUUACGCAAUGUUUGAUAACCUAAGUGAAUGUAAAGAUGUCAAUUAUAACUAUAUGAUUUGUCCUUUGCCAUCUAUAUUAUCUACUAUUAAUAAUCCUACUUGUGAAACUAAAUUAAUAACUGAAGUAACGCUAUCUCUGCCUGAAAUUUGUGAUUUUAAAGUAAUUUAUGGUAAUUUGAAUAUAUGGCAGAAAUUAAAUGAUGGAAAAUAUUUAUAUGUCCAGUCAAAAGCAAAUAAAUUAACUGUUAAAUGUACUCAUGAAAUUAAAGAUUAUACAUUACAGGGUACAGGAAUGUUAUCAUUAAAAAAUGAUUGUAUUGCAUAUUUUCAAACUUUACAGUUUCGCUCAUCUCAUGUAUACAAAACAGAGCUGCCUAGCCAACUUUUAAUUGACUUUAAUAUAAUUGAAGAUGAUUGUUGUUCAUAUAACCUUAUAAAUAAUACAAUGCAACCAUUGUCUCCGCUCUCAUUAACAAAUAUCGAUUUAGAGUCAUUAAAUAUAGCAGCUCAUAAAUUGAAUAAUAUAGAAGCCCAAAUUCGCCAAGCUGAAGGUCAGUCUCACAUUGUUAAAUAUGGACACUAUUAUUCCGCUCUCACUUAUUUUUGUGUAACUUUAAUUAUACUUUAUAUAUUAUAUAAGAUUUAUAAAAAAUGGUUAAAUUCCUAUUGUAACAAUUCAGCUUGUUGUAUUCAGAUAUACAAUCAAUGUUAUAAUAAAAAACUUAAAAGACAUGAUACUAAAGUAAGUUCAUCUAUAGAAUUAACUGAUAUUUCUGAUAGUUCUUCCAAAUCAACAGAAUAUGAUAACAAGUCUAUAAAAAGUCUCCCUGAAAUAGAAAUUCAUAAACAUAAAAGAAAGGUCGCUUUCAGAACCUCAGCUAACUUUCCUUCCAACAGGAACUUAACUAAUUUUUAAAUUUAUUUUCAUAUUGAUAAAUUUCCAUUUCAGGACAUACAUUUGUGUUUAUAUUUAUCUUAAGUUUUAUUCUAAUUUUGAUCCUUCAGAUCCUUCGCUUUUACUUUUGUUUUGUAUAAAGCUCAGUCUUAUGGGGGGAGAUGUUAUAUUCAUAAUUAAUAUGCAACAAUUGAUAGCAUAAGCAUUUUAAAUUUAUAUAAAACUGUUUUCCAAUAGCGUGACGAGUCAGUCAGCCGCAAACCUCCCUUUAGAUCGGUCCGUGUAAUUUAUCAAUUUUCUUAAUAACAUCGUGUGUGUGUAGUGAAUAAAUAAUUUUCUUUUCUAGCAGUAUAAUU